CUGACACUGCUGGAGGGUGAAGUGGCUCUUCUCCUCUUGGAGCUAGCUGACAUCGCUGGCUGGUUUAACAACAGGCUAGCCCGCUAGCUACAAAAGAAAAAGAGACGUCUGGUUUUCUUGACGUCAGGAGAAGUCUGAGCGGACCCAGCGCUGCGCACAAGCACAGCAACCACAUCGCUCCCACAGGCAAGGAGAACACAUCACAGCCACAGAUCGCCAUUUAGCUGUAGUGUGGCGAAUCCGAUCAGCAUUGUAGGAUGCCUCUUGGAGAGGAUGGAAAUGGAUGGAAAAAGAAGACAUCAGACAUCAAAGAACAUUAUGACUUCAAAGAAGUGCUGGGAACGGGAGCUUUCUCAGAGGUGGUUCUAGCAGAGGAGAAGAGGACCCAGAGGCUGGUGGCAAUCAAGUGUAUCCCUAAGAAAGCGUUGGAGGGCAAAGAGAACAACAUCGAAAAUGAGAUUGCGGUACUACACAGAAUCAAGCACGCCAACAUUGUUACACUGGAGGAUAUCUUUGAGAGUACAUCCCACCUAUAUCUUGUCAUGCAGCUGGUAUCUGGAGGUGAAUUGUUUGACAGGAUUGUGGAGAAAGGUUUCUACACAGAGAGAGAUGCCAGCCAGCUCAUCCACCAGAUCUUGGAUGCAGUCAAAUAUCUCCACGAUAUGGCGAUCGUCCACAGAGACUUGAAGCCAGAGAAUCUGCUGUACUACAGUAUGGACGAAGACUCCAAAAUUAUGAUCAGUGACUUUGGACUGUCAAAGAUUGAGGGAGCGGGCAGUGUCAUGUCCACAGCCUGCGGUACUCCUGGAUAUGUGGCUCCCGAAGUGCUCGCUCAGAAGCCAUACAGCAAAGCAGUGGACUGCUGGUCCAUAGGAGUUAUUUCUUAUAUUCUGUUGUGUGGAUAUCCUCCUUUUUACGAUGAAAACGAUGCCAAGUUAUUUGAGCAGAUUCUGAAAGCAGAGUAUGAAUUUGACUCUCCGUACUGGGACGACAUCUCAGAUUCAGCCAAAGACUUCAUCUGUCAUCUGAUGGAGAAAGAGCCCCUGAAGAGAUACACAUGUGACCAGGCCCUCCAGCAUCCAUGGAUCUGCGGAGACACAGCCCUCGACAAGAAUAUCCAUGAAUCUGUCAGCGCUCAGAUCAAGAAGAACUUUGCCAAAAGUAAAUGGAAGCAAGCAUUUAAUGCCACAGCGGUGGUACGCCACAUGCGGAAGUUGCAGCUGGGCAGUAGUCUCGAGGGACCCAGCCAGAUUACUCCCACCAGUCCCUGCCAUGGACAUCUGCUCCCAGAAGAAGAGGAGGAGGAGGAGGAAGACGAUUUGGGUAAUGGGGAGGAGGAGAGCUUGUCCCACUACGAGGACGGCCGCCGUGGAAGCACAGAGGGCAGCGCAGAUCGGGACAGCCUGAGAAGCUGCACCUACUGCUGCAGGCCAGCCAGCCGCGUUUGAGCACAACCUCUCGUUGUCAUGGUGACAUCGUAACCCUGGAGCGCCCAGAGCCCGCCCGCCCAGUCUGGCCAGGAAUGCAGAGUAGUUAUCAGGCAGUGUCCACCAGAGUACAUCUACAGCGAGCAGGUCACUGUCACAGUGAGGAGAAAUAUACUGUUAGUCUUUGUCCAAAAAAAACCAAACAAAAAACACACACACACACACACACACACACGUUUAAUUUGUUCUCUGUUCCGAGUGGACAGUGAUUUAAAGAAAGGGCCAGUCUGCAUGAUUAGCAACCCCUCAUGUAGUCGUCCUUUGUGCCGCUAUAGCAGACAGGGGUCAUUUGAUGAUGUGUACAUUACAAGACGUGGUUCUGGAUGUUAGCUUCAGGAAGAAUCCAAGUCCUCUGGAGUCCUAAUCAAAGAGGAGGCAGUGGCCUAAAGGCAGUCUUUUCUAUUUGUUUUGUUCUCACAAUUAUCUGUCACAUCUACCUCUAAUCACAAUUACUGGCCGUCUACAUCCAUCUGGCUCACGCACUCUACAUUACUGGCAGCUUUCUCCAAAAGUCUGGCCAGACAGGGCACAAAGUAAAGGGGAACACUUUCUAUAGAGGGAAAUACUGAAAGCUACUCCUGCAUGUCUUAAUACUCCUUACCCAUCAAUGUGACUCAGUCCAGUCACUGAGCAAGUAACUGUUUAGUUGAAUAGAGUUCAUCUCAAGGCAUGACUUCACUGCCGAUGCCACCUGCCCAUUUGUUCUGUUCGACCACUCUGUCUUUUUUCUCAUAUUAAGUGUUUCUGUCCUUUUUAUAAGUAUUUUCUUCUUUUGUUUAAAGCCUUUUUUUGGAAAGUGUAGUGUGAUUCUGGGGGUUAUGGACUCUUUAUUCUGGCUCAGACUGGGUUUGUGAAGAGCUGUCUGCAUGCUUCUGUUGGGGAAAAUAUUGAAAUGUAUGAAUAUCAGAAAGAGACUUUCUUUUUUUUGUUUAAUGGCUGUUCUGUUAUCAGAGGCUCAAACUGAGAUCCCCGUAAGUCUGUAAAUCAUGGGCUCACAUCUUGUUAGGAGGAGUUUUGUUAAAGGUGCAGUUAUGUUGAGAAUCCACGGAGAAAACGAUCAUAUUCAUAUUAUCACGCUCCCCGUUCUGUUUCUGACAAGCCUAGACAAGUCUAAAUGCUGUCAGUCUCUGGGUCUUAUGCCGAGUCGGAGGGAUCUCAGUCUGGGCGCUCCGCCUGCUCUGUGCUGUGCACCUCUAGUGGAAGAAGUUUUGGUCUACUGUUUGCAUGACCUGGUUAAAUAUGUUUACAUGAAUGAUGAUCAAUUAGUAUAAACACACAUGAUUAUUAGUACUCUGUUGUAUUGAAAAAUGAUGUAAUGCCGUAAUUUUGAGCUAUAUAAUGUGAAGUGAGUAACACCAGAAGUAAUGUUGUGGACAAAGUACAACACAGCACAGUGGACUUAUCAUUUGCAUUGACUGCGAUGGUCAAGUCUCUAACCGAGUGACAUUUGACUAUGUUCAUUUGCAACUCAAAUAUUUUUUUCAGUCUGUUUUCUUGCUGUUGCUUAUGUAGGAUUUAUUUAUUCUUCUCUGAUACCCGGGCACAAGCAGAAAAAAAAUACACAUAUCUUAAUUUUACACACGUGCCAGCCACAGUACAAAACGUGAAAAAAAGAAUAUAUAUAUAUAACGGUGCUGGAAGCAUCACCUGUCCGCCAUGGGAGUAGCCUUCGAUGUGCACGCUCUAUAUUUGUCCUCCUGGGUAGGUGAACUGCAGUACUAAAGCCAUACAGUGAAGAGGAGGUGUUUUACUGUAGAUACGUUGGCAUCUUAUAAAUAUAUACGACUCAGAUGAAAGACGGCGAUGUUUCCGCACAACAUUAAAUGUAGAAAAAAAACAAGACAAACAUUAUUCAAUUCAAAUCUAAAUGCUUUAAUCCUGAUAUUAAUCAUACCAUACCAUUGUUAUCUAAGGUAUGUCAUGACACAACGCCAUAUUAUUAUUUAACCGUAGAGAUAGCCAACUAAUUCAUGAAAACCUUUGUUGCCCACAUAAAAGCAGUUCCCUCGAUCUGUCAUUGACACUUACAGGUCCAUAGUACAAUAAAAGAAGGCAAUUACUCUGGAUUUACACAACUGUAAUUGUGGAAAAUAUGCAAACUGUGUGUGAAGGGCUUCAUGUUAACUGUAAGAUAGCCAAUGUUAAUGACUUUGAUAACCUGGCUAUUAUUUGUUUGGUAAUGACCUUAUAUUGAACUUACCUGGGAUUUGUUUCCACUUGGCUGUUUUUUUAAAACACUUAUUUUAUCCAUUACAAACACAUCUAAAUGCAUAAAGAAACACAUGUAUAUUAUAUAUAUAUAAAUAUAAGUAUAUAUUGUAUAUCCUUUUUUGUAAAAGCUGUUUUGAGCUACAACUGUAUGGAUGCAAUGCAUCAUGGGUUAUUGAACAAGAUGUAAGAAAAUACAAUGAUUUGUACCCGCAGAGAUAUGAUUGCAGGAAAUUAAAUAAAACUUCCUUGU